CGAUGACGGGUGCCUCGAUCAGCUGGUAGUUCCUUCUGUGCUGAGCUAAUGCUGCGUGUGGCGGGUGCUUCGAUCAGUCAGUAGUUCCUUAUGAGAAGUGAUGCUUCGCUUCUGUGCUGAGCUAAUUCUGCGCGUGGGAGGACCCUGUGGGUGGUUUGACAGCUGAAGCCUGGCCUUUUAAGACAGAGGUGCUCAGACGCGAGCACACACCUCUUUGAUGCAGAGGCGCCACAAGAGCACUCAGAUCGUCUCACCGCAGGACCUGCGCCAUGAGCUGUGACCAGUGCUACCCGAUGCCACAGGUGUACCUGGUGGACGGCGGCGGCGGGGGGCAGCGGCGCUCUGGCCAGCCCCCCGGGCUCGUACCCUGCUGGUCCUUCCCCCCCGCCCCGGAGCGGGCCAAGAAGAGCCGAGGCGUCCUGGGGGUCAGCCCCUGUCUGGCCGUGGGGGUGCUGCUGAUGUUCCUGCUGGUGUUUGCAGCCCUGGGGUUUGAAGCCUACCAGAUUUACAACAUGCAGGCCAAGAUGCGGACGAUGCGACAGGCUGAGCCAGUGAAUGAGUUUAACAUGGCUGAGAGGCAAACAGGUGAUGAGCCGGAGAAGGUAGAAGAGAAGACGAUCCGGACUGCAGCACACGUGUUAGGACGUGUGGAAAAAGGACAUUGUCCCCACACUCUGCGCUGGGAGCCCAGAGCAGGCCAGGCCUUUGUGUCCGGAGAGGUCACGUACCAAGAUGGCGGACUUCAGGUCAACCAGAGCGGACUGUACCACAUCUACACGCGGGUGGAGCUGAUCUUUAGGCUCUGCUCCCUCUCGUCCACGUUCACCCACACGGUGUUUGUGAGGCGAGCGGGGCAGGCCUCGCCGCUGACCCUGAUGGAGGCGCACCGGACGGGCUUCUGCGACCACCGGCUGGUGCACACGCGGGUCACGGACAGCUACCUGGGAUCCACCCUGCACCUGCAGCAGAACGACAGGGUUUACGUCAACGUGUCCCACCCCACGCUUCUCAGCCACGAACAUUACGGCAACUUCUUUGGCCUGUAUGAGGUCUGAGGGGUCCAGGGUGGUGACAUUUUGUGCCCAGUGAAUGUAAAGGCAGGGCUGCGUGCUCGCACCCCUGAAGCCGGUUGUUUCCUGUGUUGUAUGACUUCUAUGUAAUAACUGCACUGAGUUGCAUAUGCAUAUACAUGUGCCUGUUCUUUGAUUGUAAAUCCCAGUGAAUAUAUUGCACAAUCUCCUCAUUUAAAAUUAUGAUCCAGGCAAAUUCCACACGUGACCAUGAACCAAUCUUCUGCCUUGUAUAAAUGAGAGGGUUAGUUAACACUAAGGUGCUGAUUUGAGCGUAGCAUUUUUAUACAUAUUUAUUUUUGUGGACACAUGUGCUUAUGGAACAACUUUUUAUGAUGAAUAUUUGGGGGUUAAUAAAGAGAUAAUUUAAUGUGAAUGUC